ACCGACUCCGACUGUGCGUGUGUGUGUAUCCUCCCGUUUGGAGACGCGCUCCGCCUGGAUUACCUCCCGGUGCCUUCACACAGCCGCCGUCCGCCCGGUUUCCUCCUUAUCAUGCACGUUUGUACCUGGUAACAGAAAGAGAAAGUCGACUUUGUUGCCAUUUGUUAUCGUUGUUGGCGGAUGAGGAUUGUUUUGCUCCAAGACGCGACUUCGAUGCUAGGUCCAGCCAAGAUGAGCAAAAACGGAAUGGUGACCAAGAUCCACACGCGGAUAAGAUGUGACCCGUUCACGGCCAGUUACGACCUGGUGGGCAAAGAGCUUGGCAGGGGAAAGUUUGCGGUGGUGAAGAAGUGCAUCGAGAAGGCAACGGGGAAGCAGUACGCUGCCAAGUUCCUGCGAAAGCGACGGAAGGGUGAGGACUGCCGCAUGGACGUCUUGAACGAGAUCUCCGUGCUGGAGUCGGCCAAGGCCAACCCGUAUGUGGUGGCGCUGCACGAGGUCUACGAAACCAGCACUGAAAUCAUCCUCGUCCUCGAGUGCGCCGCCGGCGGUGAAAUCUUCAACCAGUGCGUGGCCGAUAACGACGAGGCCUUCACAGAGAAAGAUGUGAUCCGGCUGGCCAAGCAGAUCCUGAACGGGGUGGCCUUCCUCCAUCGAAACAACGUGGUGCAUCUGGAUCUGAAACCCCAGAAUGUCCUGCUGACCAGUGCCAUUCCUCUCGGGGACAUUCGUAUUGUGGACUUUGGCUUGUCCAGACGCAUGGACAACAUCACAGAAGUCAGGGAGAUCCUGGGAACGCCGGAGUAUGUGGCACCAGAGAUCCUGAACUAUGAACCCAUUAGCACCGCGACAGACAUGUGGAGUAUCGGGGUCCUGACCUACGUCAUGCUGACGGGCGAGUCUCCUUUCCUCGGUGACGAGAAGCAGGAGACAUUCCUCAACAUCUCCCAAGUCAACGUAGACUACUCGCAAGACACGUUUGAAGGAAUCUCCUCCCUGGCUGUCGACUUCAUCAAGUCCCUGUUGGUUAAAAACCCCAGGAAGAGAGCCACGGCAGAAGAAUGCCUCAAACACCCCUGGCUGAACCCACUCCCCCAUCCCCACUCCCACCCGCACCUCCACACCAGGACGGCCUCGUCUCUGGACGAGCCGGAGACCAGCCAGUCCGAGUCGGAGCCCGAGAGCCCGGCCCCCUCCCCGGAGCUGGACCUGAUCGGCUCGUACCUGGGGCGCCCGGGCCCGGGGGGGCUGAAGGCGGGCCGCAGCACCUUCUCCUUCGGCGAGACCCCGUUCCUCACGCUGCCUGAAAUACAGCAGGAGCUGAUCUACUGAGUGACGCUCCACGGGAUGGAGGGAGAGAGAAAGAGAGAGAGAGACUGAACAUAUUCGAUCUCGACGGACGCUGAGAGCGAGUCAGCCUGCAGCUGCUCGGACUGGAUGUGACACAGCGCCGCGCUGUGUGGAUGCUGUACGCCUGCUGCUGCCGGCUGCUUCCACUGCUGUGACGUCUGUGAGCUGGGCUGUUUGAUACCUCUGUGUGUGUGUGUCUGUGUGUGAAUAAUACCUGCUACUGCGUGCUGAGAUAUCAUUGCACCGCAGGGAUGUGAGAGGAAUGAAGACGUGGGAGAAAGACGCAUUAAGGAUUGUGUUGCAGGACUGCACUGCUGCCUUAAAAGUGACCGAACUGUUCCCAGCUUCCCACUGAGGCUGGUUCACCCCCUGCACGCACACUGGUUUUCUCCUUUUCCUUUUGAAGGAGGAGAGGCAGCCUCCUGCCUCGUUGGGAAAUGACUUCACUCACUGUGCACUCUCAUCAAAACAUGUUAUGCUUCAGCUGACCCAGACAUACCUUCUGCGAUGAGUUCUCUUGAAGGAAGUGAAGGGGUUUUGACAGAUGGUUCGUCUUAACAAAGGAAUUAAAAGCAACGCUGAAGCCAGCACACACGGUAACUUUUUCCACUGUUUGAUAUGUUUAUUUAUAAUGAUUUUCCGAUACCACUUCAGCCCCUUGACUAUACAACAGCCCCGUCAAUGCAACAGUUUUAGGUGGAGACGGAAGCAUUCGUGGUUUUUAAGGACAAUCGAGCACUUUUUCAUUUUGUGGUUUGGUGUGUGUGUGUGUGUUUAUUUGUGUAAUCAUAAGAAACCAAAGGCUCAUCAAGCACAGUCAGCUGUCACAAUGUACUGUACAUAUUAAUUUGUAUCCACCAUCCACUGUUUCUGUCACAAAACCUUCUUUUCUCACAAAGUGCCACGGUGUCAACCUCAAGUCUGAGUUAAUAUAAUAGUUUUACUUACAUUUUGUUUUAUUUUGUUUGCUAUUGCACAUGUUGCACAAGUUUUUUUUUGUUUGUACCUAACUGCGAUGUUGCCAGGUGAUUUCAUGCUCCUUAAUAAUUAUUGUAAAAACAUCGGUCAGGAAUGGCAGGAAAGCAACAGUUCAGUUUUAUGUUUAGGAUUGUAAUAAAUAAGCAAUGACAUGGUCAACUGAAGAGCACAGAUUUGAAUAAUUAUGUGAUAUGUGACGCUCGGGAGCAGAGAAAAAGUUGUUGAAUUUCUCAAAAGUACUGAAAUGUAUAUUGUGAGUUAGUAUUAAAAUUCAUUUGUAAGGAUAAUUGCUGUUUUUUUGUUUUUUACCAGUGUAUGAAUGUUAACAUCAUUAUAUCAAGUCUUAUUCUGUACCUUAACUUUUACUUAUUAUUGUCUGCUCAUGAAUUUCAGGCAGGUUUGCACUUGUCCUUGUGGACGAUAUGUUAAAAUGAAUAAAUGUUGAUGACAUGCAUUGCAAAAUGUAACGAAGAAAAUCAAAUACAUAUGCAUUUUGUAUCAAA